AUGCAAGCAUCGGAAUCUAAGCCUGACACUCCUCCUAGAUACUAUGAACAUGGAAAUAUACCCAUAGAUUACCUUGAACCUGAAUACGAACCUAUGCCUGAGGAUGAUCAUAUUCCUGAAUAUGAACCUCUUCCUGAAGAUGAACCCAUUCCUGAGUAUGAGCCUGAGACUCCUACUGAAGAAUAUACUGAAGAUAUGACUGAUGUCGAGCUCGAACCACAACAACCUGCUGCAUCCACCGAAUCGGUGAACCAAAGAAAUGCUCCUCCAAGGAUCGAGCCUGCUCCUAAUCAGAACACACAUGGGCAAGCCAUCAAUGCACUGCAACAAGAAACACGUAAAGUCGCGAUCAAUCUUCCGGCUGCCGAGUCUACUCUUUUGACAUCUGCUAAAACUCCUCAUGCCGAUAAACCUACGGUUGUCUUGCCAACUACCGAGAAGGCUCCUUCGCCUCCACCGACUAUUUAUGGUAAUGUUGACCAGUCAACAAAGAAAAACUUGGCUUCAACGGAGUCUGUAGAAGACAACGCUUCGCUUUCCCCCAUGGAUAUUGAUGUCGACUCUGCAUUAGCGAGGCUGAACAGCUUUGUAAGCCAAUACUCUUUUCUUUCUGAUUCGGAUCAGUCUAGGGAGUACACUGACAAGGUGGGGCCUGAAGCUACCAAGGUCAAAGCCUUGACUGAAAAGCUCAAACUUCAUGCCUUUAGUCACGAAUUGGUCGACUCACUGCGUGAUGACCCUAGCCUCGGUCAAGAGCUUCAGGAAACUUGUACUCAACAGCAGGGGUUAGAGAUCUAA